CCUAUAUUUGUUUAGACAUAAUUGAAUUUUAUACGGAAAGAUCCAUGUAAUUGGGAGCUUAACCCACCCAUGUUCACUUUUGUGGUCACUUCCCGACUAGUACGUUGCCGCCUUCUUUUUCUUCCUUCACCUCCUUUCCUCACAUCCUUCCUCUCUUCUUCUUUGCUGCCUGGUUUCCCUGCUUCAAUGGACAACACUGGUUUCAACAAACCUUCAUCCUCAUCCUCAUCCUACUCUGCCUUUUCUCAUUCCAAUCGGAGCGGUGGUGGAGGAAGAGGAAGAGGACUGGACACGAGGGACAAUAAAGAAAGAUCGGGGGGCCGUGGCGGUGGUGCCGGCAAAGAUAAAAUUGAUGCUCUUGGUAGACUAUUGACACGCAUUUUGCGGCACAUGGCCUCUGAGCUAAACUUGAAUAUGAGGAAUGAUGGGUAUGUGAAGGUGCAAGAUCUGCUAAAGUUAAACUUAAAAACAUUUGCGAAUGUCCCAUUGAGGUCACAUACAGUUGAUGAUGUCAAAGAGGCAGUACGAAAGGAUAACAAGCAAAGAUUCGGCCUUUUGGAAGAAAAUGGAGAGCUUCUGAUACGUGCCAACCAAGGCCAUACAGUGAAGAUAGUUGAAACUGAAAGCUUAUUGAAACCGAUCCUUUCAGCUGAUGAAGUUCCAGUUUGUGUACAUGGCACUUACAAGAAGAAUUUGGAAUCAAUUUUGGAGCAUGGGCUCAAACGCAUGAAAAGGUUACAUGUUCAUUUCUCAUGUGGCUUGCCAACAGACGGUGAAGUAAUUAGUGGAAUGAGGCGGGAUGUUAAUGUCCUCAUCUUUCUUGAUGUGAGAAAAGCUUUGGAAGAUGGGAUGAAGCUUUAUAUCUCUGAAAACAGAGUUAUCUUGACGGAGGGUAUUGAUGGUGUGGUGCCAGUGAAGUACUUCCAAAAAAUGGAGUCAUGGCCAGAUAGAAAACCUAUGUCAUUAUAGAAUAUGCCACUUUUUCACCCGUUUUCAUCUGUUUUUUCUUCUUACUUUCUUGCAACUACACUUACCCCUCUGUUCCCAGGAGGAAGAGUAGUGGCGCCCUUUUGUAGUGUCUUAAAGCAUUUAUUUGUCAUUGGAUUCAUGA